CUAAAAAAAUCAAAUUAGAUUACCAAAAACAGAAUAAAGGUAAAUAUACAUAUAAGAAAAGAUCAUUUAAUGAAAAAAUGAAAGAUGCUCCUAAGAAGAAAAGAUUGAAUCAGGUUUCAAAUACUGAGGAAAUUUCAUUAUCCA